UUUCAGCAUAAGUACAAGGAAAUUAAUGCAUUACUUUGUAUGGAUUUGAUUGAUUGGUUUAUUUCUUGUGUAUUUAAAUCUGUAUUGCUGUUCUGCGUUUAAAGGGAAGGUAAGCUGAAACUAGGGACAGUCCAGAAACGGUUUGUUGGUCCAUGGUGGUUGGUCAGACAGGAGUGCAAGUUACAUAGAUACAAGACAGAUAUUGAGCUUAUCCACAGAGAAGAUGCCGCGCUCAUUUCUAAUAAGAAAAAUUCUAGGACUCGACGAUGGCAAUUAUACAAACGAUGAUCAUUUACACGACAACGGCAACAGCAGGAAAACUAUUUACGGCGACGAUAUUGUGAGAAUCGUAUCUCAAGGUGAGAAAAAGGUCAGUUCAUUUAAGGAGAAUGUGCACAAAGGACACUCAGUAGGUAUUAAACGAGAUAGAAGCUUUCAAUGUUUGAGAGCCGAUGGGUCACAACGAGAUUGUGAUUUUUGCCAAAAUGGUGCCUUCCACCUCUGUCAUUCCAACAAGCUAUUACUUUCUCGAGGAAAAGAACGAUUGAAAAUUGAUUUUUCAUCUAUUCCGUCCGACAAGGAUACUUUAGUAACAAACAAAUCUUGCGUUGAUUCUGAAAGCGACCAGCGCUUCUCUUGCACGUCCUGUGAUAUGUACUUCAGCAGACCGAGUGACCUGCAAAGACACUUGCUUAUUCAUAUGAAGACGAAGCCCUAUACAUGUGAAGUCUGCGAUCGAGGCUUCACGUGGUUCGGAAACUUCCAAAAGCACAUGCUGUCCCACAAGGAGAAAACCGCGGGCCUCACUUCAUUGAUCGAUUCUCCGAUAAUGAAAGAAGAAGAUUUGGUUGUGAAGGAAGGGAAAUUGUUUAAAUGUCGAUUAUGCCUAAAAAGCUUCACCAGGAUGAGUGGACUGCGAACCCACAUUCGCAUGCAUACUGGUCAGCGGCCAUUCAAAUGUACGGAGUGUAGUUUUGCAUUUACAACCUCGAGGGCUUUGAAGAUGCAUCUGAGAAUUCAUACAGGAGAAAAGCCGUAUAAAUGUGAAGAUUGCCCAAAAGCUUUCACACGCAGAGAUGAGUUGCAAGCACACAUCUACAUGCACAAAGGAGAAAAGCCUUUUAAGUGCGAUGAAUGCUCGUCAGCCUUCAUAAGAUAUGGCCAUCUCCAAAGACACAAGUUGAUUCAUUCAAAUGACAAACCUUACAAGUGCAAGUACUGCGCAAAAUCCUUCACGCAAUACCGCAACCUGCAGACACACACAUUCAAGCAUACAGGUGAGCGACCUUUCAAAUGCUCGUAUUGUGCCAAAGGGUUCACUCAGUAUGGAACAUUACAGGCCCAUGAGAGAAUUCACACGGGACAAAAACCAUUCUCUUGCGACCAAUGUGACAGGUUUUUUAUUACCUCGUCACACUUGAGAUGGCAUAUCAAAAGGCACCACUGAACCUUUCAAACGAAUAAGCAGAAGUGAUGCAGAAGAUCAAGGGCAUUUUCUGGGUCUCUUCUUACGAAGAAUAAACCUCGUGCUAUAUAUAAGAUUAAAUCUGAUUGAAAUGUAAAUUCUUAUAAGUAUAGCAUGCUAUAACGGCACUAUGUCAUUGGCUGCAUUAAAACAAUAGGAUAUGUUUCAUAUCGAGACAACAAAGCGGGACAAAUUCUCAGCGAUUUCUCCGUAAUAAAUGCGCCGUAGGGCUUAUUGUAAGCAUGAGCGAUUGCCUGGUGGGACACAAUGUCGAAAAUUAUAAACAGACUUUAUAUUUCUUAAUUUCCUAAAAAUCUUUUAUUUUCAAGAAAUUUUGCUAUUUUCAGUAUCAUACUGUAAACAUUGAGAAAUAUCGUAGUCAUACUUGAUUAGAAAAAAAAUAGUUAGUUAUUUAAGCUGAUAGAUAAAAUAAUCAAAUUUAUUGUUAAAAAGGGAGGUCUAAAACCUGACUUUAACAACUAUUGUUGAUAUUUAUAAUUAUAAAUGCAAAUUCAAAUGCAAUUGCUAGUAGUUAUCAUGUUAUAGAUUAUGCCUUCACUGAUUUCUUGAACUUAGUUUUUAAAAAUGAUCUUGUCUCUCUUUAUAUACGAUGAAAGAGUGUGCUAAAAACAAGGAGCCACACUUCAAAUCUUAACGGCAAAACGGCCUAACGGCACGAUGCAGUUGAUCUAUGUAAUCUAUUUAUGUCUCGAGAAAUUUGCUGAUCACUGUAAAUUACAAUUCAUUUUUUUUUUCUAUCAAGAGUGUUCGUAGUAAAGAUAAUUGAUAGCCCCUAAGAAGUUAUUUACCA